AUGGGCACGGAUUCACCAAAGGUCAAGGACUCCAAACAGAAGGAGGCAAGCAAUUCCAAGAUCAAUUCGGGGAAAUCUGGUCUGUCCAUCACCUCGGGCCUCGGUGCUGUUCCAGGAGGAGGAGAUAGCCUCAGCAAGUCCAACGUAGCGCUGGAGAAAACCAAGGGGACAUUCCGCGGAACUUCGGCGGCGCUGAAGCGCAAGGAACCAAUCCACCUCCAAUACUGGCAUCUGGUCGAACACAAGUACAAGAUAUGGAAGGGCGGAUUCUUUGCGAUGCUGUGCGCUCUCCUCGUCGAAUCCCACAACGCGACGGUCUCCUACCUCACCAUGUUUAUCGAGUUCCUCCAGACCCUGGCCUUCUCCUUCGACAACAUCAACUGGGGUGUAUGGGGGUCGUAUAUGGGCAUGGUGCUCAAAUUCUUCCAGAUCGAAACCGCUUUGACGUUCUAUCUAGGCACUCCUGCCCUCUACGUCCUGGUGAUCUUGUCGCUGAUUCUCAUCAUCAUUAUGCUGAGUUUAACCGUCUAUGUCGUCAAGUCGUUUGUGUCCAAGAACUUCCAGGCUGGCGUCUGGCCGCUUCGGGCAUUGAGGAGCUUGGUCGGAAUGCUGUCGUCGGUGUUCUAUCUGCCGGUUCUCUAUUCCAUGAUGUCCAUCUUUGUCUGCGGAGACGGUGCCACACCAGCACAAUGCGCGGCCAUCGAGCGGCUGAUCCUCAAAAUCGUUAGCGGGAUUGUCCUCCCAAUCUUUGUCUCAUUCACGCUGCUUAUGUCGCUCACCUACUUCAACCCCAACCCGCUCUCUACCUGCGUGGUAGCGCGACCGUCGGCCCGUCUGGAGUUUGUAGAGCUGACGACCAAGACUAUCCUGGCCUGCUCGUUCGUCUUUGCCGAAUCGGUUCCACUCCUCAGGGCGUGCAUGACUUGUCUGUGCUCGAUCUUGAUUUGUGUUUUCAUGCUGGUGUUUAUACCGUACUAUCACAAGCCCAUCAACAACUAUCGGUUUAUUCUAAGCUCGCAGGCACUCUGGGGCUCAUUCGGAUCCAUCAUCGUAACAGCGCUCGGACAGGCGCAGCAGACUACCUUCCUGAAUUGGGUGUUCAUCUUUUAUAUUAUUGGCAUAGUACCAUGGGGUGUUGGCUGCUAUUUCUUCUUCAAUUGGAGACAACAGAAGGCCACAUCGAUCAACAUUGCCAAGCUAUGCUUCCAGCCUUCGCGGGAAACUUUCAAUACCUGGGAGGCCGAGCCCGUCACCGCCAAAGAAAGCCGCUUUUGGCACCCCUCGCAAGUUGAAAUCGCGACUCGGUUUCUCAUCGAAGACCGCUCGGUUGAAUCAAUCGACGUUGCCGAUCAGAUGUUCAUCAAGGGCACCCAGCUGUUUCCCACGAGCGCCUCGCUUAUGGUCUCCUAUGCGAUCUUCUACAGCUCCUAUCGGCCAAACGACCGGUCGAUGUCUGCCCACUAUCUCAAAAAGGCUGGCCAGUGCAACCCGCUCAUCGAUUUGGAGUUUAUGAUCUAUCAUCUGGAACAAGAGCGGCGCCAGACGAUGAACAAGGUUGGGGAUCGUAUCCUGGAUGCCGUCGAUCGGGUCGAGUUCAACCAGCUUAUGCGCAAGGCCCUCACAUAUCAUUGCGAAGCCAAGAGUCACAUUGCCAACUUUUGGCAGGCCAUCAUGGCCUCUGGGGGCGACUCAAAGGUUGACGCCAACACGCUGAUAUCGCUGGUAUCCAUCAUCGAAUGGAGCGACCGAAACGCAACAACGGCAUACAAGCAACUUUUGAAUCGCUUCCCGGACUCUGUUCGAGUUCUGUCCAACUAUGCAAAGUUCCUCGACGAGAUCCACAACAAUCUGACCGAAGCUGACCUGAUCCUCGCGCGCAUCGACGAAAUCCGCGAAGCCGGUGGAAGCGAUGAUGCCGGUGCCGUGGGUUUGGAAAAGCGACAGCGACGGAGCAGCAACACCUCGUAUUCCAAGAACGACAAGUCCAAGAAGCAGCGCAAGGCUUUCAAGGAAUACCGACGCCAGGUGUUUCUGUAUUCAAAGGCCCUCAGCGCGCGGCUGAUGUGGAUGAUUCGAGGCGUGGUCUUGUUGUUGAUCGGCCUUGCCGGAGCCCAGAUGGUGAUCGUGUUGGUGGAGGUUUCCUACCUGUUCAGCUACAUUGACGAUGCCCAGACAAUCAACUCGAUGCGAAUGGAAGUUGAAAACAUAUACAACGAAGUUGUUGCUCUGGCAGCAUCGGGCAUGCAAAACGAUGUGAAUGGAUUCCAAGGACAUCAGCAAAACCUUGUGAUAAUGGGCAACGUUUUGUACUCGAGCAUUAUCGAUAUCACGAGCAAGCUUCAGCCGGGUUAUAUCACGUACCAACAGUGGACCGCGCCGUUGGUGAUGAUCAUUCGCUAUUCGGGGGCCCUGUCGAUCCAAUCGCCCAAGAUAGACAGCUACACCUUACUGGAUACCUGUCUCGACUUUGUUCAGAGUCUCGGUAAUAUUCUCAACAUGGUGCCAUCCGACUUUCAGCGCAGCAUCACGUUUUCAAACGCUACUACCAACGUUACCCUGAGGUUUUUCGAGGACAAUCACGACUGGAGGUUUGUCUGCGACAACGGGCCAACGAUACUCGUCGACUCGCUGACGUCUCUGAGCGCCGUAUACGUGGAACGCUACACGGGUUAUAUCAUGCUCUUUGGAUACGUUCAGAUAGCUAUAUAUACAAGCACCCUCAUCAUUCUAAUUCUGAUUGGGCGGUUUUUGUUUGAGUCGGCAAUCAACCGAGCAAAGCACGAGCGUGUCACAAGUCUAACAGCAUUCUUGCAGAUUCCAAAGUCAGUCUGCAUGAAUGUCCUCAAGAAAUACUACGUCCCACCGCCAUCACAUUCCAAGGACGAACUUGCCGAGGUCGACGAAGAGCAAGAAGUCGAAGACGAAUCCAAUCCUGAUUCGGGGAACGCCCAAGGCGGCGACGAUUCCAAAAGAUCUGUCGACGCUGUGCACAGCACAUCGACGAUGGGAUACGAUAAGCUCAAGCAAAUGUACUUUCACGGACUCUCUCUCGCAGCCGUGGCAUUUACGCUUGCGCUGAUCCUCAACUUCCGAUGCUCGCUUGUUGCCUAUCCGUUCAACGGCAUCAUUACAGCCUGUGGUCUUGCACAGGCCCUUGUUGGCCGCAUCGCCAUUGCUGCUUCCAUUCCAAUGCAGGCGGGCUGGUCUGGCACAGGGAUAUGGACAAGCCCCAGCGGACUAAUGAGCCAAGAUACCCCGGCGCUGUCGUAUACCCAAGCCGCACUGCUCUACGGCAAUGACUCGAUGUGGAUCCCACCGCGAUCGUAUGCACCGGGGACAGACUCCUGGCUCUCACAGCCCAUUGGCUCAUUCGGCACCGAUCUACCAACCACCAUCCGAAACUACCUGGACUACGCGCAUGCCUAUACAGAUGGAUACCAGCAUGGGAGCUUCAAUGCGAGUGCUCAGUGGAUUUUACAAAUGAGUCCGGCGAUUAUUCAGCGCUACGGCAAUAUCAGCGACGUCAACAUGGCGUAUUCCAUCUCGACGAUCCAGUUCCUCAGCGAUGCAUCCAUCAUUGCCUUCACGGCAAUCAUCUUGGUCACAUUUGGGAUUUAUAUGUGGUACUUUCGCAAGAUUUUGUUCUACCUGAUCAACACUGAAAACGAAAGGACGCUCAAACUGCUUCUAAUGAUUCCCAUGGAAGCCGUCAAUGAGAUCGCGUCGCUCCGAGAUCUACUCCACCUGAAAAAGACGUUUGCCCUCCCAGCCAAAGCAGCCGAGGCCCCACAGCCCAUCGAUCGACGUCAAUCGACGCGAGAUGAUGGCCACCACCAUACAGUCGGCCACGACGCAGAUAUCGGAAGUGCCGAUGGCAACCCGACCGGAUAUGCUCGGAGCCGACGAGAGCACUCUCGGGGGUCGGCCACGCUGGAAGGCCAGUCCGUGCCUGGAAGGAGACGCGAACACUCCGUUCCGCAUGAUAUCAAGUCUCCGAGCACGGGCCAGCGUGAAUCCUCCUUUACCGCUCGAAGAGAUUUCGGCGCCGACAGGGUGGCGAGCUUUGGGCGAGUCGGGCCAAACAUCGAGCAGCGAGAUGACUUGCAGCUGAAUCCGGCAUUUGUCGCCGAGAACGAGAUACGUGAAUCUGACCGGACUUAGACAGAUGUCGAGUGUGGGUGCAGAUUGCGGCGAUCGUAUUCGAUCGAUCGCAAUGGACAGCGACAUCCUGGUUUCGAUUUACACUUUAUUCAGAAAAAAACGGGACAGCACAGCG